AUUACGAUUCAUCUAGAGAAAAAGGAAAUAAACUAAACAAAAUCCUAAAAGGACUAUGAUAGAAUAGAAGCUCGUAAUUUUAUAUAAAUAGGACACAUAUACGUGACUUCUUUUUAUCACCAACACAUUCUCAGAGUUCAGAUAUCUCAUCAUAUAUUCUACAUCUUCUUCCUAUCCAUACGAUUCGAAUCAUGGCCACAAAGAUGAUCUUUGGUUUCGUGCUUGUGAUCAUGUUUCUCUUGGGUUCCAGCUCCGCUAAAACCUACAAAGUCGGAGGUUCCAAUUAUGGCUGGACGGUAAAGGACGACUCUUGGACUGAACAUAAGGAAUUCCACGUUGGAGAUUCACUAGUUUUCGAAUACGAUCAGAACGUCAACGACGUCACUCAAGUAUCCAACGCUUUAGAGUAUGAUUCAUGUGAUUCUUCUUCUCCUAAAGUUGUUUACAACACAGGACACGACGUCGUAACCUUCACGGAACCAGGACAUCACUAUUUCAUCACCUCAAAUCAUAAUCAAUGCUUCUGGGGAAUGAAACUCGAUGUUCUUGUCGUCCAUGACUCGUCACGUCCGACUCCUCUACCAACGCCACCACCAUCUAGGAAGAUCCAUGGCCCAUCAGGUCCGAUUCCUUCACCACCACCACCGAGGGAGAUCCAUGAUGAGCCGUCACAUCCGGUUCCUCCACUACCACCACCGACGAGUAUCCAUGAGCCGUCACGUCCGAAUCCUUCACCACCACCGAGCAAGAUACUUCCUUCUGGAAGGAUUUACGAAGUCGGUGACACAAGCGGAUGGAGCGUAUAUAACAGUUUCUACUAUUCCAAGUGGAGUGAAGAUAAACAAUUUCGUGUUGGAGAUACUCUCUUAUUCGAAUACAACAAGCACAUCAACGACGUUAGGGAAAUCAGCGGUGAACUUGAGUUCGAAUCCUGCAAACCAACUUCAACUGUAGCCGUGUACAAGACGGGGCACGAUCUCGUUAAGCUCACGAAGCCAGGUGUGCAUUAUUUUGUAAGCUUAAAGACCAGUCUCUGUCAAGCUGGGAUUAAACUUCGUGUCACGGUGCAACCAUCAACCGAAGACGUUACGUUGCCGAGUGUUCCCAAGAAGAAGAUGAAGUCGUCACCUAUUGGCUUCUUCAACAGGUGGUGGUUACGCGUUUUUAGACCUCAUCACUAAUUAAGUAGUCAACCAUUAUGAUUACAUUAGUGUUAUUGAGAGUUUUUUUUUUUUAGCUUUUUGGUUUUCUUUUUUUUUAGU